AGCGUUGCCAUGGCAGCCAAGAGUAGGUGUCACACCGGGCCACUUCCUGGUUGGAGGCCAAUGUCCCGGGCACUAAGCUGGGAAAAGCGCCGCGGGGAGGAGGCGGAACGAGGCCCCGGAAGGAGCAGGAGGCCCAGGCGCCGAGGACAUGUAUACCUCUGAGAGAUCUUCUUGGACAAGACACCGUAGUUUAAUACCUGUCUGGGACUAUAUGCAAAGAGGCUACCAGUCAUGAGUUCGGAUGCUGAGCAAGAUGCUGCUGUCAAACUUGCCCAGGAGCGAGCUGAGAUAGUUGCCAAGUAUGACAGAGGACGAGAAGGUGCACAAAUCGAGCCAUGGGAAGAUGCAGACUACCUUCUUUACAGAGUUACUGAUAGAUUUGGUUUCUUGCACCAAGAAGAGUUACCUGACUAUGAUGCAGCAUCGGAGAGGCAAAAGCAGCUUGAAAUUGAAAGAACUACAAAAUGGCUGAAGAUGUUGAAAAGCUGGGAGAAAUACAAAAACACUGAAAAGUUUCAUAGGAGAAUUUAUAAAGGAAUUCCAUUGCAGCUGCGAGGUGAAAUCUGGUCUUUGUUGCUUGAUGUCCCUAAAAUGAAAGAAGAAAUGAAAGAUUAUUAUAAUACUUUAAAACGCCAGGGAAGAGGGAGCUCCCCAGAUAUCAGACAGAUUGAUCUGGAUGUAAAUCGAACAUAUCGGGAUCAUAUCAUGUUUAGAGACAGAUACGGAGUUAAGCAACAAUCUUUAUUCCAUGUCUUAGCUGCAUAUUCUGUAUACAAUACGGAAGUGGGAUACUGUCAGGGAAUGAGCCACAUCACAGCUUUACUCCUCAUGUAUAUGAAUGAAGAAGAUGCCUUCUGGGCCCUGGUGAAACUGCUCUCGGGACCCAAGCAUGCUAUGCAUGGUUUUUUUAUUCCUGGUUUUCCCAAGCUGUUGAGGUUUCAAGAACAUCAUGACAAAAUAAUGAAGAAAUUUUUGUCUAAGCUUAAGCAGCAUUUUGACUCCCAGGAGGUCAACACUACCUUUUACACCAUGAAGUGGUUUUUCCAGUGUUUCCUUGACCGUACUCCCUUUAGGUUAACCCUCAGGAUCUGGGAUAUCUACAUACUUGAAGGAGAACGGGUUCUCACUGCAAUGUCUUAUACCAUUUUGAAACUGCACAGAAAACACCUGAUGAAAUUGCAAAUGGAAGAACUUGUACAAUUUCUUCAGGAGACGCUUGCCAAAGAUUUCUUCUUCGAAGAUGACUUUGUAAUAGACCAGCUCCAAAGUUCCAUGGCAGAAUUGAAACGAGCGAAGUUGGACUUGCCAGUAGCGGUACCCGAUACCGUGGUCUUCCUGUUCGCUACUAUCCCCCAAGCGUCUCCUGGUAAAGAUGAUGAAAUUCCAAAGAAGUUGGGAAAAUUUCCACCUGAAACUCAGCCUGCCAUACUUAACCUUACGCAUCUGGUCAAUGGACAGAACAGCACCAGUGGAUCAAACAACACCCAGGGUAGCCAAAGGAAAAGUCACAGAGCAUCCGCAGAGAGGUCCUCAGAAAGCUCAACAAGAAUACCCACAGAGAGAGAGCAGGAAAGUUCACCAAGACACCGAAGAAGGAAAAAUUCUCUGGAAAAGAGGCCUUCAUUGAGACAGCAAAAGCCUGUAACACCCAAUGUGCGAAGUGGAUUGCCGAAGCAUGACGUAGAGAGCCAGAGGAAAAGAACUGAAGUUCAAGCAGAGGAUGACUCCAAGCAAAACCAUAAUGCAGCUGCUAACCAAAAUUCCAAUGCUACUUUAAAUGCAGGAAAGGAAUUUGUACCCAGGUGGAUUAAACCUUCCGAUAUAAAAAUUAUUGAAAAGACAACAAAACUCACCAUGGAGAUCAAGAGUCGAUCUGCAAACCAUGCCAGUUCAGGAACGCCACCUAGUCCUGGCGGUGAGGUGCAGCCGUUGAAUAUAAAGCAGAAGAUCAGGGUUUUGGAUGUCGAAGAGGGCAAGCGAGGGUCAAAUGCAUCACAGUAUGACAAUGUUCCAGGUGCUGACCUAGAGAACGAAAACUCUGUGGAUGAGGCGCUGGAGAGGGCAACCUUGCAAAGUCAAAAAAGCACAGCUUUCUCCAGCAAUUCAAGGAAGCUGACAGAGAAAAGAUACAGUCCACCAAAAAUAUCCAACAGUUAUGCCUUCAGCUCACAACCAAGAAUCCCCAGAUAUUCCUCCCAAUCUGAAGGGUCAGAUAUUGGACAUAAUAUCAAACUCCCACUCCCAUCUUAUAGUAAUCCACCUGUUUACCAUGGAAAUUCUCCAAAGCAUGUAACCAACAUUGUUCAUUCCAGCUUCACAGCCACACAGUAUAAUCACGGGAAUCGAACCAACUCUCCCGGUCGACCAUACAUCCCUGACCUUCCAAUGGAGAUGUUUGCUGAUAAAUCACAUAGAAAUUACUCUGCCAGCCACCAAAAUCUUGUUGUGAAACCUUCUAAUCGAAUAGAGGUUCUCCCAUUUGACACUUAUGCAAGCAACCCUAGGUCACCUACCGGCAUGAGAUUUGCAAUUCCUCCAGCAGAUUAUUUGCCAGACAGUAGAAAGUGGCCAGAACCUCCUUAUAUGUACAGACAGGAUGCUUACGGGCCAUCCUGGAGCCAAGAUGGUAGCCGAAGCCACUUGGAUAACUUGAAGAAAUACCCACCUUUUCAGUCAACACCUGUUAAAGACAAUAAUCUCCCCACUGUCUCUGUGGAUAGUCCUAUAAGAUACAGGACUUCCUCAACCUCAGAAGAACUUGGCUCACCACGCUACCAAUACCCAAGUUCCCCAGCUCCCUCUCACCACUAUAGACACCAAACUGAUGGAUUGUCAAUGCAUGAAUCGGUCCUGCUGUGAGAAACAAUAUAUGGCCACCUUAAUGGCCAGGAGAACAGUGUGCAGGAUUCACAAGUCUUGGGUUGGUAGCUAUCCAAGAUCAGUAAUCUUUAGACAGGACAAUUUAGAUAAAGCAUACACAAAAUAACACUAUUUCAUAGCUAUGUUAAAGGUUGACAAAGCUGAAACUGAGCAUUGAAUAUAGCAGAAAUUAUUGGAUUCUCAUAAACAUAGCAAUAGCUUUAUAUGUUAAACAUGACUACCAUGGCAUUGUUGGUUACAUUUAAGUAGCUUACUUGGGAAAUGACCGUGUUGCCUAAAAUCUAUAAACCACCCUCCUCAGUCAGCUGCUUUUAACUUGACACUACAGCCCAUUGUGUGUUCACUUGUGGCAAGAGAGUUACAGAGUUUAAAAUGGCGGCAUGUAUGUUCUUGGACUGCAUCCACAAAAACCUUUUUUUUUAUUUUAAUGUUUUAUUUUGUUAACUUAUUUUAUAAAUCAUCCAUUCAGUUAGAAUGGGGGGUUUCUUGACAUUCGUUUAUACACUGCCUCAGUAACCCUGAGAACUCUGGGUUAUCUAGUGCAAUCUUUAUACAGGCAUGCAAUUGCCUAUUGCUCAGCUAGAAAGGAGAAGGUCUGGCUUUCAAAGCAGUAACAUUCUGAUAUGGCCAAUAAAUGGUGCUUAUGAAAUCAGGACUGUCUGUGAAUUGUAGCAUGUGUCUAGGGUGCCGAUGAUAUUUGAGCCCAUCAUCCACAUUCACAUAUCCAAAGGCAGUUCUGUAGUCUGAGUGUCAGCAGUCUUAAUUCCCAUAUGUGUGCCGGGGGGAGG